AUGACCCAAACAGAGAAUUCUCUAAACUAUGAUAACGCAACUGUAGAAGAUGAUUCAUUGGAUCAACCAAUUUUACUUGAUACUUUCACAUCAGAUGUUUAUUCUUAUAAGCAAUGUACCUGGUGGGUAUAUAAUAGAGCAAAAGAAUUUGGUAUAAAGUAUGGGGAAACCAUGGGAAAUGGCGGGGAAUGGCAAUUCAAUCCUAACUAUAUAGUCACAACUACUCCCCAACUUCAUAGUGCAGUCAGUUUCAGCCCAGGACAAAUUGUUGGAGGACAAUGGCAAGCCGAUCCUACCUAUGGUCAUGUAGCAUUAGUGGAAGCAAUUCAUCCCGAUGGCUCUAUUUUGAUCUCCCAAUCUGGACUUGGGUUCAGUGAAGUAAUUAAUUAUCAAGAGAUCUCUAGUUCUGAUGCCCUGCAACUUCACUACGUGAUUGGAAAAUAA